GAGUUCUAGACCUGGACAUUGUGGAGUUCUAGACCUGGACAUUGUGGAGUUCUAGAACUGGACAUUGUGGAGUUCUAGACCUGGACAUUGUAGAGUUCUAGACCUGGACAUUGUAGAGUUCUAGACCUGGACAUUGUAGAGUUCUAGACCUGGACAUUGUAGAGUUCUAGACCUGGUUCUAAACACGGUAACAAUGGCCACUGACCAGGAUCUCGUCUCCUCCUGUGAGUGGGAGUGUGACAGGGUGUCGUACCUCCUGCCCUCCCUGCUGCUGUUCCUGCUCUACCUGGCUCUCCGCUGGCCCCCGGUACAGCGAAUGGCGAGGCUGGGGGUGAAGGCUGCCGCCUGGGGGCUGUGGAUGGCACUGUGCUGGGUCCUAGAGCUCCCCAUCCACCGCCCUGACACAGAGCCAGGCUGGGGCAAGGAGAGGGGAGGAACACAGGGGCAUGGAUCAUCCCCAGGCCUUGCCAUAGGACCGUCACCAGAGAAAAGCUGGGGUAGGGAGAGGGGAAUGGGCCUUGGCUUGGGAUCACAUCCAGCCCUCUCCCCAGCCCCAGGACCCACUCUAGCCUGUAAGCCCACAGCCCUGGCCCGGUUCCUGCUCCAGCACUGCUGUUCCCUGGCCAGACCCAGACUGGCCUCGUGGCCCAGGGGGGACCCCCACCUCCAGACACUCUCAGGUUUGCUAUUGGGGGGCCUGACUGCAGGAGACCAGGGACAAGAGGAGGUCAACUUUACCCGAGACCACCUUCUACUGAAGGACGGGGGGGUAGUGGCUUUGGACUGGGCUGUAGGCGUAAGUGGGAGAGAGGCUGUGGGACGGGAGAGAGGGAAGGAGCACCAUCCUGGGGGAAAGGCAUUGGGCUGCCACACCUCCACGCCUCCAAUCCUCCUCCUCAUCCCUCACUACUGGGGAGGGGUGACGCCCCACCUGAGGGGUCUGUGUAGAAUGGCUCUUCGUCAGGGUUUCUAUGCCCUCGUGUUUCACCGUAGGGGCACGGGGGGGUGCCCUCUCACCACGCCACGGCUGACUGAGUAUGGAGACUCUGCUGACCUGGUGCAGACAGUAGCGUAUGUGCGUAGCCGGCACCCGUCCUCUGUGCUGGUAGCGGUGAGCGAGGGUUCUGGUUCGGGCCUGCUGCUGUCCUACUUGGGAGAGUGUGGCUCCUCCUCUUACCUGACGGCUGCAGCCUGCAUCUCACCUGUCCUGCAGGGCCAGCUGUGGUUUGACACGCCCCUGCCGCCACUCUACCGCUGGGCAGUGCUGGUCCAACGCAAACUGCAACUCAGCAGGUAUGCCAGUGCCCUUAGUGGGGUGUUAGAUGUAGACAGGGCUCUCCACUGUUCCUCCCUCAGAGACUUUGAAGAGACCCUGUUCUGCUCUGCACUGCGACCCGACAUCCCCCACCACCCAACCAGUCACACACCGACCCCAGGGGCCAGAACUGCCAGCGCGACACCAACCACCAAACCAGGGGCUGCUGUACCCCCCCUGAACACCCCCCAUCUGACGGGACCCCACAACACCAAACUGGAGGCCAUGUCCGGGGCCAAAACCGUCUCCCCCACCCAUGCCUCUACUCCCAAGGUUCCAACCACCAGAGCAGGGGACACACCACCCCACCAACACACCCCACACCACUCAACAGGACCCCUCCAGCCUGGGGCCCCAGCCUCCACCUCUGGAGCCAGAUCAGGUGCCACAGGGGCCACUGCUCCCCCACCCUCCCUUAGGGGAGCUGGGUUAGCAGGGGCAUCAGGGGUAGGUGGGGUGGCAGCCUGGGUGCUGGGGGAGCGGGGUCAUCCUGCCAGGGACUGGGAGAGUUACUGGGAGAGGAACGAACCUCUGAGGGACGCAGACGAGGUGGCGGUUCCCGUGCUCUGCCUCUGUAGCCGUGACGACCCCCUCCUGCCGCCCCCCUCCACCCUGCCCCUCGCCCUUUUCCAAAACAACCCUUAUUUCUUGCUGGCGCUGACGGAGACGGGCGGGCACUGUGGGUUUGGACUGGAGGAGGGAGGACAGGGGGAGGGAGAGGUGGGAGGUAACUGGAGUAACGUGUCUGUGUUGGAGUACUUCAGGGUGGUGGCUGAGUUUCUGAAGGGGGAGGAGAGGAAGGGGAUGAGGUGGGGGGGUGUAGGAGGGGCACGGGCAGCGGGGGGCAGAGGGGCAGUACCAUGCUACCCCCCCCGGAGGAAGAGGGAGUCCAUGAUGAAGAGAGAGAGACCCAGCACACAGUCACACACACAGGAACACCUCAAUGAUGGAUGGGGAGGAGGAAGAGGAGGGGAGGAGGGACAGUUUACCUGGCAGAGGUCCUACACUCGCUGAGAAAGGAGGAGAGGAUGUAGAGAAGGUGGAAGAGGAGGAGUGAAAUAGGAGACACCCCAGAGAGCACUGAUGAAAGAGAGAAAAUGCGGAAGAUGAGGGGAGACCAGGGAGGAAGAAAAAAAUAAAAUAAAUUAGCAAAUUUUUUAAAGAUGCGAUUCAAUCCGAUCAGAGGUAGAUCCGCAUUAUAGCAAGCUUGACAUUUAAAGGUAAUUUCCGAUUGAGCUGACGUAUGCAGUGUUUACCGUGAAUGGGGUCUCCGCGAAUGCGGGAAAGUUGCCUUUUGAAAUUUGCAUAGCUGACGAAGCGCGAUCAAAUUGAAUCCUCUCGCCCUCCCUAGAUGUGACUGAGGUUUGGACCGCAGGAGGUUGGUGGCACCUUAAUUGGGGAGGACGGGCUCGUGGUAAUGGCUGGAGCGGGAAAUGGUAUUAAAUACCUCAAACGUGUGGUUUCCAUGGUUUCCAGGUGUUUGAUGCCAUUCCAUUCGCGCCGUUCCGGUCAUUAUUAUGAGCCGUCCUCCCCUCUACAGCCUUCCCUGAUUUUGGACACGUUCUGUUCUACAAUGGAAAAAUUUGAUGAUCAACCAAAGUUGAAAGAGCACAUUGAAUCUGAAUGUCCAUUAAUCUGGAAACCCAGAACCAAGUCGUGUGUGUGUUGGCCAGCUACUUGGAGAACAGUCUGUUUUAUUGAAUGGGUUAUUGAGUGUUCUCCUCAUGAGUCAGUGUUACUCAGAACAGGAGAUGUGGUGUGCAUCCCAUUUGGCACUCUAUUCCCUAUGUAGUGCACUACUUUGGACCAAGGUGAUAUAUUCCUUUAUAGAGAAUAUGGUGCCAUUUGGGAUGCAGAUGGGGACUUCAGUCAUAGCAGGAGGGAGGGGGGGGUAAGAGGGGUGUGAGGUACAUGUCACUUUCAGGACCCAGCCUACCAAAAACAAUUAAUGUAUUGAUCUAACAGGCACUCUGUGAGCUUAGCUUUCAAUACGGAAAGACGGGACUGGGAAUGAUUCUAGCAUAGAUAUAGACAUAGAAUGGGUGGUAGAACUUAUCUUGCUCUUUAAUUCUAGAACAGACAGAGCACUUCAUUGUUUAUGACAAAGCCUCUGACAGAAAUGUGAUUCUGACAGAAGCAUAGUCCAGCGUCUUUAAAAUGGGAAUUUCAGUUCUAUGGUUUUGUAUUUCUGUAAAUAUAUUAAAGCUACAAUUCAGUAGUA